AAAAGUGGGCGUAUGUUCUGUAAACAGCUGGUGAGGUUUAGAAAGGGAUACUGAACGGAGAGCUGCUGGAUGUGGGAAACAACAAGGAGCUAGGCAUCAUGAGAGUCCCCGGAACGCUGCUCUGGGCCGCAUUUCUAGUCCAAAAGGUAGUGGGAGAGUACGGCAUGGCCCAUUUCAGCAACAAGGGCAGCAGCAAAGGAAAGGAUUACUGUAUUUUCUUCAACUCCCAGUGGGCACCUCUACCUCAGGACCUCAACAAGGCAUCACGUCUCCAGAUCUACGACCUGACAACCUCGAUGCUGUGCUCAACUUCUGAGGUCCCAGAAGGAGGCUUUCCCAAUCGCAUCCCCAUGGUGAUGCGGGGAAACUGCACUUUCUACGAAAAGGUCCGACUGGCACAAAUUCACGGCGCCAAGGGUCUACUGAUAGUCAGCAAGGACCGACUGACACCACCAGCAGGAAACAAAACUCAAUACGAGGAGAUUGACAUCCCUGUGGCUUUACUCAGCUAUGCUGACAUGCUGGACAUAAGCAAAACUUUUGGUCAAGGCAGGCUGGUUGCCAUGUACGCUCCUAAUGAGCCAGUGGUGGACUACAACAUGGUGAUCAUCUUCCUGAUGGCAGUGGGCACCGUAGCUGUUGGAGGACACUGGGCCGGCAGCAAAGACAGAAAGAAACGCUACAUGAAGCACAAGCGGGACGACAGCGCGGAGAAGCAGGACGAGGAGACAGUGGACGUCACCCCCAUCAUGAUCUGCGUGUUUGUGGUCAUGUGCUGCAGCAUGCUGGUGCUUCUCUACUUCUUCUACGACCACCUGGCCAUUUGGGUGAUUGGCAUCUUCUGCCUGGCAUCUUCUGUCGGCCUCUACAGCUGUCUGUGGCCGUUCGUCAGGAGAAUUCCCUUCUGCAAGUGCAGGAUCCCGGAGAACAACCUGCCGUAUUUACACAAGCGGCCACAGGUCCGCAUGUUGCUGCUGUCAGCUCUGUGCAUCGGGGUCAGCAUCACCUGGAUGGUGUUUCGAAAUGAAGACCAGUGGGCGUGGGCGUUACAGGACGCCCUGGGGAUCGCCUUCUGCCUCUACAUGCUCAAGACCGUCCGACUGCCUACAUUCAAGGCGUGCACUUUACUGCUGUCAUUCCUGUUUGUCUACGACGUGUUCUUUGUAUUUGUUACUCCCUUGUUUACAAAGAGUGGGGAAAGUAUAAUGGUGGAAGUAGCGGCUGGUCCCUCUGACUCAUCCACACAUGAAAAGCUUCCCAUGGUGCUCAAAGUGCCGAGGUUGAACUUCUCCCCACUGGCUCUGUGUGACCGGCCCUUCUCCCUCCUGGGCUUUGGUGACGUCUUAGUACCAGGUUUGCUGGUGGCCUAUUGUCACAGGUUUGACAUUUUGACACAGUCCUCCAGGAUCUACUUUGUGGCCUGUACAAUUGCUUAUGGCAUCGGCCUGCUGAUCACCUUUGUGGCCCUGGCUGUGAUGCAGAUGGGUCAACCUGCCUUGCUCUACCUAGUGCCGUGCACUCUGCUCACCAGCCUUAGUGUGGCGCUGUGGCGCAGGGAGCUGCCCCAGUUCUGGACUGGGAGUGGAUUUGUGCUUGCCAUAGCGCUCACACCCAUCAACUGCACACAAGUUCCAGCACCACAGACAGACGGCCCCUCCACUAAGGUGGAGCCAGAGAUGAAACCCAGCACUGAGAGUGAAGCGCAGCCUGAGGAUCCACCUCUGGAAACACCUCCACCUGAUAGAAACCAGGACAAAUCUGACUGAGGGGACGUUUUCUUUUUUUUUUUUUUAAUCUACAUUUUGUCUCAGUCCUUACGCAUCUCAAGUAAGGACAUUAUUUUUUUUGCACUUGAUGUAAAGGUACGGCAGACUAGAUCUGGAUACUGAAUCCUGCAGAGCAGCUCCAGCACCUAAACAGGCACACGAUACAGUCUGUGACACAAGGGUGGACGUUCAUUUACACAACUGUCCAGUUUUGUUUAGUAUUCUACGUCACAGCUGUGUCGUGUUUGUACGUCUCAUUCAUCACAAAUUGUAUUUAUCUGUUCAUGUUUUGGAUCAGGGUUUGUGAGUGCAAACAGUGACUUUAUAGAGAGCAACUUAAACAUUUUUUUCUACAUGUAUACAGACAGUAUAUAGGUUUGGCUCCAUCUACCUUAAACACGCUUAUUGUAAAUAAAGUCCAAAC